AUGGAAGGAGGAUAUAAUAUUUUAAGAUCGUCAUUUGCCAACAAAGGUACUGCUUUUGAUCAAGAUGAACGUAAGAAAUAUGGAUUGAGAGGAUUGCUACCACCAAGAACAGAAACAAUUGUAGAACAAGCCGAGAGAGCUCUUGCCCAAUUCACCUCUUUCCAAUCCAACUUGGAGAAAUAUAUCUUUUUGAAUUGCCUUCGUGAUAGAAAUGAAACUUUGUUCUUUUAUCUCUUGGUAAAUAACUUGGAAUUGAUGAUGCCAAUCGUCUAUACUCCAACAGUAGGUGAAGCUUGUCAAAAGUUUGGAAAUGAGUUCCGUUUCGCUCAAGGAAUGUACUUUUCCUCACAAGACAAAGGACAAUUCCGUGAGAUGUUGGAUAAUUGGCCACACAAAGAAGUUGAUAUUAUUGUAGUUUCAGAUGGUUCGAGAAUUCUUGGUUUAGGUGAUCUUGGUACAAAUGGUAUGGGUAUUCCAGUUGGUAAAUUACAAUUAUAUGUUGCAGGUGCUGGAUUCCAUCCAUCAAGAACACUCCCAGUUAUUAUUGAUGCUGGUGUCAAUACCAAGAAAUAUUUGGAUGACAAGUUUUACUUGGGUGAAAAGCAUGCUCGUCUCUCUGAUCCAGAAUACUAUGCUUUGAUGGAAGAGUUUUUGGUUGCUGUUUACAAUAAAUGGCCAAAAGUAUUAGUUCAAUUCGAAGAUAUCUCCAAUGAUCAUUGUUUCACCUUGUUGGAAAAUUAUAGAAAUAGAUUCCUUUGUUUCAAUGAUGAUAUUCAAGGUACUGGAUCAGUUAUUUUAGCUGGAUUUAUUAAUGCUGUGAGAGCAACUCAGAUUCCAUUGAAGGAUCAUAGAAUGGUAUUCUUUGGUGCUGGUAGUGCUGGUAUUGGUGUUGCUGAUUGUAUUGUAUCGUUGAUGGAAGAGCAAGGUAUGACCAAGGAGGAAGCCAGAAAGAGAUUCUGGUUUGUCGAUAGUAAAGGUUUGAUUACCACCAACCGUGGCGACGAGUUGGCCGAACACAAAAAGGCAUAUGCCCGUACCGAUUAUACCACUCAAUUGAAAUCAUUGCUCGAAGUCGUAAAGGAUGUCAAGCCAACUGCUCUCGUCGGUCUCUCUGGUAUCGGAAGAUCAUUCACACAGGAAAUCGUUGAAGAAAUGUCCAAGAAUGUUGAGAAACCAAUCGUUUUCUCACUCUCCAACCCAACUUCCAAUGCCGAGUGCACUGCCGAGCAAGCCUACCAAUGGUCAGAGGGACGUUGUAUCUUUGCCUCUGGUUCACCAUUUGCCCCAGUUGAGUACCGUGGACAUACCUUUGUUCCAGGUCAAGGAAACAACAUGUAUAUCUUCCCAGGUUUGGGAUUGGGUGCUUUCCUGUGUCAAUCGUUGCGUGUCACCGACGAGAUGAUCAACACCGCCGCCAAGACAUUGGCAUCAAACGUAGAUGACGCAGAGGUUAUCACCGGUAAGAUCUAUCCAGGUCUCUCAAAGAUUCGUGAGAUCUCUGUUCAAAUUGCAACCAACGUCAUUGAAAAGGCAUUCGAACAAGGUAUCGCUACCAUUCAAAGACCAGAAAACAUUGAACAAUUCGUUCGUAAAUAA